AUGAUUAGAGGCAAUUGGAGUCUAGCGCAAGAGUUUAAACAAAACGAAAGGAAGCAACAAUCUAAAAUACAGCAGCGGCAGAAGCAUCAACAUAAAUUGGAGAAACUUAAGAAUACAGAUCCAAUACAGCUAUUCAAUAAAAUUAAGAAUCUAGAGACAAAAGAAUCAAAAUCAGGUCGAGAUGAGGACUAUUUGAAAUCUUUAAAGGAAGAUUGGGCAUUUAUUGAAAAAAACGGAUUGCAUAAGGCAAAGAUAAGGAAGUUUCUAGAGGAUAAUGAAAAGCACGAUCGAACCAAUUUGAAGCUGAAGAAUAAAUUAUGGGGUGGAAAAUCGAUAUAUUUCAAUCCGGAGCUAAACCCAUUAGGAAAAGUCCCCAACGCAACCAAUCUUGAUGAAGAUAUUGAGGUGAAGUUAGAUAAUUUGACAAUUCCACUACGAAAUAAGACUCAUUAUGAACCGGAUCCAGUUAUUAAAGAAUUGAAUGUCAAGUUGCCCCCUGGAAAGCCACCAAAGUUUUACAAAUUGGUUCAAAAUACCGAAAAGCCAAAGAAAAUAAAAGGUGAUUCAAGUGAGGCAUCUUUCCAGACCCCUUCAACAAUUAAGACUUAUUCAGAGCAACAGCACUAUCUCUCAAAUUCCGACGAAGAUGAAUCAUCAGCAGAACUGGAGGAAGAAAAGAAACUAGAUGAUGAACCAGAUAUGAAAAAAGUGAAAUAUGGGUAG